UACAGGCAGGUCUGUGCAUGUCCAGUGUCCACUGCGAAUGCCUUUCAGGAAGCAGCAGCUUUUAGACAAUGGAGAGUGACACGCAGAGACUCAAUCUGAAGAGAGAAGUGGGGAUUAUAGGAGGUGUGUCAUUCAUUACUGGGACCAUGAUAGGAUCUGGGAUUUUCAUAUCCCCCCAGUUUGUGCUGUCUGCUAUCGGCAGCCCCGGGGCCAGCUUGGUUAUAUGGACCUGCUGUGGGUUGAUAUUCUUGUUGGCGGGGCUCUGCUAUGCUGAACUGGGCACAGUCAUACCAGAGUCUGGAGGAGAGUUUAUCUACAUUCUGCGGACAACCGGAAAAGUGGUGGCCUUUAUGUUUGUCCUCAGCUUCAUCGUUGUCAUGAGGCCUGCCAGUGCCACAGGAGUUGCCCUGAAUUUUGCUGAAUACGUCAUGGCCCCCUUUUACAGUGGCUGCUCCCCUCCACAACUGGUGUUGAAGCUGGUGGCUGCAGGAGCUAUCAUGGUGCUGACCAUAGUUAACUGUCUGAGCGUCCGCUUGGCCACCGGCAUCCAGGUGGUUUCUAUGGUAGUCAAAUUGCUGGCACUGGCCGUGAUCAUAUUGGGAGGUGUUGUGAUGCUUUUCCAGGGACACACUGAGAACUUUGAUAACUCCUUUGAGGGAACCAAUGUGGAUGUCAGCUCCAUGGGCAUCGCUUUCUAUCAGGGCUUGUGGUCCUUUGAGGGUUGGAACACUUUGAAUUAUCUAACUGAGGAGCUGAAAGAUCCAGAAAAAGAGUUUGACCAUGAUUGUGAGGAAGGGCUGCCCUGUCUUAUGCUGGACACAUGA